UAUUUUGACAGGACGACGGAGAAACCGGAUCCGCCGCUGACAACAACAACAAACACAAGAUGUCUCGCGGAGCGCCGAGCCCCGGUCGGUGAGAUGCCGGUAACGGAGCGGAGAGGAUGCGGCGCGUGCUCGAGCUGCUGGCGCGUGCUGCUGCUCACUGCGUCCGCGCUCGUGCUGCUGGCGGAGAGAGCGGCGUUGGUCUGCUGUGUGGGCUUCUACCUGUGGAAGGAGGAGCUGUGUUUGGCCGGACUGACCUUUGCCCUUUUGUUGCCGGGGUCACUGGUGCAGGUGUUCAGUUUCAGGUGGUACAGGGCCGACGGAGACAAACGGACAUGCCACAAUUUCAUCAUACACACACUUCACCUGGGCAUCUUCAAAAGGUUUUGGGAUUGCAGUGUGUGUGAAUGGACGGCUCAGGGCUCGUCGCAGUCGCAUGCGCAGGAGGUGAUGCAGCAUGCAGAUGUGUCUGCUCUGCGUCUGUUGGAGGUUUUGCUGAUGACUCUACCGCAGACGCUCCUGCAGACGUACGCUCUCACCGUUACUGACUACGGCCUCUCAUCUCCAGUUGCUCUAUGUGGUGCCGUGUGUUUGCUCUCGCUGUCCUGGGCACUGGUGCUCUACAGCCGGGCCUGUUGUCUGAUCCGUCCUGGGCAUUUGCAGAUGCCGCCGGCGGCUCUCCUGUGUCAGCUGCUGUGGAGGAUGGGCAUGUUAGCCGCCCGCUUCACCAGCCUCGCCCUGUUCACCCGCACCUUCGGCUGCUGGGUCAUCGGGGUCCUGGCGUCCCAUUGGUUGAUGGCUGCGCUGUGGUUGGUCUCGCAGCAGACUGACAUAUAUGUGGGUCAGUGGUCAUGGCGCGUGUUUAACUUCAUUCUGGGAGGCGUGCAUGUGUUUCUGUUUCUCAACGUGAAGGACGGCCCGUCCCGCUUCCGGAUGGCGGGAUUCUACACGGUGAUGCUGCUAGAAAAUGCUACUCUGCUAUUGGCUGCAUCUGACAUCCUGACUGAUGCAUCAUGGGAUAGCCUGACCGUCCCUACUGCUGUGCUGUGCAGCUUUCUGCUUGGUUUGACGUCCCUGAUGUUGUACUAUCGUUUCCUGCAUCCCAAGUCCACUGAAAUCUCUCUGGGUUUGCAUCAGCAUGCACACAUGGGCCGAGAGUGUCUUCAGCAUGGAGAUUCGUCCUUCUCUCUGGGGGACAAAAGUCUUCCUCUGGCCCCUCUUCCCGUCCUCUUCCCGUCUUCUCAUCCUUCCUUCUCCCUCUCUGGGAUCCCCGGCUCUCUUCUGGAGCAUCCUGGGAGCUGCGGCGUGAAGCCGGACGGAGAGUGUCGCCACCAUCACUGGCUGCUCAUCCGCCUCGCCCUGAAAACCGGCGACCCGGUUAAGAUCAACGGGGCUUAUGGGGCGGGGGGCGUGUCCGAGAUACUGGUGGUAGAUCGGAAGGGAGCGAUCAUGGAGGACGGGUGCGUGUCCACUUCGGAAAGCCGGGACGAUACGAUGGCGCCGCUGUCCGACUGCAGGGAGGAGUUUGAGAGCGUGAGUGAAGCCAGAGAGGAAGACGACGCGGAAGACAGCCUCGAAAUGGAGAGCCCGUUAGAGUCGCCCGCAUCCGAGUGCAAGCGGAGCUCGCCGGAGGGAAAGUCUGUUUUUGGGGACAGUCCUGAACCCAAUUAUUGCCCCACCGAAUCCAGCUCCACUUUAUACUUCAGCGCUGACCCACAAUCCCCCAGCAGCUCCAGUAACCCGCGUCUGGACCGCGAGACGCCCUUCGGUUUCGGUUCUGGAAGCGGGUUGGAAACUCUAGACGAGUUGAGCCCUAUUUCCACAGACGGCGGGCUGCACAGGGAUCUCGUCCGGGGGCUUCUGGGCCGAGCGGGACCCUGCUACACCUCCGCGCCCGGACUGAGCGGGCAAGGGCUUCCGGAGGGUUCUGGGAUGCACCUCAGGGGCCCCCGCAGGCAGGUGGUUCUGUCCCGCAGGGGUCCGGAAGAGGACGGGGGCUUUUAACAGCAUAUGAACAGCAGCUUUAAGUGGCGUUCACACCGGUUUCCAGCACGAAAGUUGUUGCAAUGUGGGCGUGUCUUUAAUGUCAUGCAAAUGAGCUUCAAUGGCAACUACCAAUGAGAGUGAAGAUGAUCUAAAUGAAGCAAGAAGGAGAAGCAGUUAAUGUCUAUGUGAGCGUUUCACUGUUUUGUGUAAUUUGUCUUUGCCCACAUUCAGGGAUGUAAUUUAAAAAAUGAUUCGUGGAAAACUUUAUCAGAAAUUGUCGGCAAUGAGUUUCAUUCAUGCAAUCAAAUGAUCUGAUGCAAUUUCAAUACUGUAUCCCUUCCAGAAUGUGAAUUUUUAGUGGCAGAAAAACACAUUUUAUAUAUAUAUAUAUAUGCAUAUAUACACUACUGUUCAGAAGCUUAUGGUUGGUUUUUUGGGGUUAGAUUUUUUUCUAAAAGGAGUCUCUUCUGCCCACCAAGACUGAAUUUUGUUUGAUCAAAAAUACAGUAAAAACAGUAAAAUUGUGAAAUAUUAUUACUAUAAUUACUAUAUAUAAUUAUUAUUAUAGUCAAAGCUGAAUUUUCAGCAUCAUUACUCCAGUCUUCAGCGUCACAUGAUCCUUCAGAAAUCACUCUAAUAUGCUGAUUUGCUGCUCAAGAAACAUUUCUCAUUAUUAUCAAUGUGGAAAACAGUUUUGCUGCUUUUUUCAUGGAAACUGUGAUACACUUUUUUUAAGUAUUCUUUGAUGAAUAGAAAGUUCAAAAGAACAGCAUUUAUUUGAAAUAGAAAUCUUCUGUAACAUUAUUAAUGUCUUUACUGUUACUUUUGAUCAAUUUAAUGUGUUCUUGCUGAAUAGUACAAACUCCAAAAUCGUACCGACUCCAAACUUUGAUAUAUGUAUAUAAACACAUAUAAAUAAUAGUUUUACAGCCUGCAUACAACCGCUUUUUGACUGUCAGUGUAAACGGGGCAUUAAUUAAUGAAAUACAAGCAGCUGAAACUUGAACCCGGUUAUAUGAUAUUUAAGACAAUAGAAUGGAGUAAAAUAUUUAAACAUACUGUCUGAAGGAACAAAAACUUUUUUUGAAUGUUUAUUAUUCUGUUGUUCUGUUUUUAGUUCUCUCUCCGUUUAUGUUCAGAAUGGAAUACUGCACAGUAUAUACUGUCUACUUUUUAAUAAGUAUGUGAAAUAGUAUGAAGUGAGCAAUGAUAAAUAAGCUACAGUAUCACAUGAUUAAACAAAUUAAACAAGCGGCAUCUAGUUAUCAUCUAAAAAAUAACAAUGGUUAUUUUAUAGUUUUAAUCCAGUUAUCUGACAAAAUGGUUGCCAGUACAAACAAAUACUGACAAAAAAAAGUAAUGUGUGUAUUUCAUGCAUAUAGAAAAUUAGCCUACUUUGUACUGUAUAAUCUACUGCAUGUAUGGAAGUAAGCCAUUCUGAACAUAACCAAUAAAAAUCCACAUGCUGUUGGUUUGAGCCGAAAGCACAAUCUUAUCCUCUCAGACUGUGAUGUAAAUCACUCUUAUGAAGGGCUGUAGUCUGGAUUAUCAGUCUUUGGCAUACAGUGCCUGAUACAGACACAAAACUCACCUUAGAACAUAAUCGGACUCUGAAUAUGUAGAUUACCAUAUAAUUAAUAAGGGUUUUGUAAUGGCAGAUGCCAUUGGACUGCUCCAUAUCCUUGCAUAUGAAUAUCUGCUCUCUGAAGUUUUCUGCUAGUACUUCAGUCAUUUGUAUCUUGGAUAUUUCUCGCUUUGUCUGAUCCACAAAUCUUUGGAUUUGCCUUUCAAAGGAUAGGUCAGGUUUGUUUUUUCAUAAUUUUGUAUUUUUCAGGUUUCAAAAAUUAACCUUAACCCUACGGUAAUAUUAAUUAUUUCCCCUGGUCAUUUGGGGUAUUUCAAGUGUUACAAUUGCACCCUAAUUUUAAAUGUUCUGUAUUUAAUUUAAAUUAAUUUAUUUAUUUAAAGGAUUUUUUUUAUUUAAUUUAAAUUUAAGUUUAUAUAUAUUACUUUUUUUUAUUAGUUUUUUUUUUUGUUUUAUUAUGCAUUGAUUUGUUCAUGAAUUUAUCAAAUAUUUAUAAAGCUGAUACAUGGUUUGUGCUCAUCUUUACAAUUCUGUACAAAUGACAUUUAAAAAAAAAUAAAAAUAAAAUAAUAAUAAUAAAGAUAUAUUUGAUGCAUUUGCCUUGGACAGGAGCUCAAGGGUCAUACUAUGUUUCAGUGAAUAUCUACUGGAGUGGUUUUUCACUGUUUGAAGUGUUCACUGUGUGUGUUUUCCAUUGUUUUUCAUGAAGGCAUUUUGAGAGUGUGUAUACUAUCUAAUAACUGUUAUUAUUUGGCAUGCAUUAUUCUGAAGGAUGUCUGUGCUCAAACAGUAGUGCAGGGUUAUGUCCCCUAACAGGUCAAUAUUUGCAAUAAUUUCAAUGCAAAUUCAGCCAUAAGAUUAUAGAGGUUUGCAGAUAAUGUGAAUGAAAGUUUGUUUGGUUUUCCUGGAUGUGGAUUGUUUGCUCUUCUGGUGAAUUCCAUUUACUCAUUAAAUUAA